AUGAGCGCCCCGGCCACGACAAAGAGACGCCUGUCGUCUCCUCAACAGAACCCUUUCCAAUGCUCCUACUGCCAACGGUCCUUCGGGCGCGUGGACCACUUGACCCGUCAUAUUCGAUCUCAUGCGCAAGAUAAGCCGUUUCGCUGUCAUAUUUGUGACAAAGCCUUUGGGCGCCAAGAUAUCCUCAAACGUCAUGUGCUUGGACAUAAUGGCUCAGAGUCUGGUGCGAAGCGAUACAAGCGCAUGUCCAAUGCUGCGCCCCGUGUUGCUCAGGCCUGUAAAGCUUGUGCGGGAUCCAAGCUCAAGUGCGAUGAGGAUCCGUCCUGCAGACGCUGCGUGGCCAAGGGAAUCACCUGCGAGAGAGAUACGCGGUUUACAGAGAUAGGAGAAAAGACGUCACCAGACACUAGCAUUCAGUCUACCAUAGAUCAAGAACUAUUCAUACCCGUGCUCGAACCGAGCCAGCUAAGCUUAUCAGAAGACGACUUCUCCAAGUUCCUGAAAGGGGUCAUGACUCCCGUAGAGGGACAGGAGAGCCGUCCGAUAGAACAAGCCGACCUGGCUAGCAUUCACCACCACAUGUACGAUCCGCUUCUCUCUCACGGUCCCCUGGACUUCCGUUUCGAUGGGGAUACGCGGUUCGACGAUGUUGCCAUGGAUCUCUGGGACUUGCCCUGCAGUCCAUCCUUUUAUUACAACGGGAUUCUGCUGGAGCCAAAAGCAUCCGCAGCACUCAAUCUUCAGAUUCAAACGCCGAAUCCAGCCAAUAACUCACGCCCAGCUGUCUUGGGUCAUGUCGCGUAUAAGGAAUCAGCCCUUGGAAUGUGGGAACCUUCGCAGAAUGACCACCUCAACUCCAACAUCAAAGCCCUGUCUGUUCUUGGUGACAGUCCCCAGGAUGCCAUUCAGCUCAACGGCUUGGAGGUAUGCAGUCAGCGGUUCAAACCACUAUCUGUUGGUCUUAGAGAUCAGUUGCUGCUAAUAACCUUAAACGCCUGUAAACCCGAAAGCAAACUCGCCAUCAUCAGAGCAUUCCCUCACUCCGAAAUACUGUCCAAGCUGAUCGAAAGCUUCUUCUCUCACCAUCGUGUCCAGAUCGACUCGUGGAUACAUAGCCCUUCAUUCGAGCCAAACCAACAGGGCGCAGAGCUUAUUCUCACUAUCGUCAACAUGGGCACCAUGUUUGCCGACUCCAAGAUCUUGCAUUCUCUUGGCUUUGCUCUCCACGAGGUGGCUCGUUUGUCACUGCCUGCAAUGUUUGAAAAGGCGAAUUCUAUGACUAGAGAACUCUGGGCUCUUCAAGCAUUUGUUCUGGAUAUUGAGAUGGGCUUGUGGAGUGGUAUCAAAAGAAAAAUGGAGAUUGCAGAAAGCCAGCGCCAGAUACCUUACACAAUGUUACGGCGCAGUAGAAGAUUUGGCAAAGCCUAUACUGCCGCCGAUCCUCCUUUGCCAGAGGAUACAGGCGAAAUCUUACAGAGCAAGUGGCUUGCUUGGAUUGAGCAAGAGAAUUACAACAGACUCAUCUAUCACUGCUUUAUUCAAGAUACUCAAGUCAGCAUCGCUAUGUUGACAUGUCCCUUGAUAUCAUUCUCGGAGCUUAAGACGCCUCUGCCAGAGUCAAGUGAUCUAUGGCUUGCUAAAGAUGCAGAGGCAUGGAAAGCCAUAUACUUGAGGGAACAGCGCCAACACACAAGGGUUGCGCUAUACGAUUACUUCCGAAACGCUGCAGACAUUGACAGCAGCUAUGACGUUCCGUUUUGUCAGCUUGUCAUUCUUUCCGGUAUCUGGGGAAUGGUCUGGCAAUGUCUACAAACCAUUGCCGUGCUAAACAAGCCGACACAUUCAGACCCAGCAUUGACUCUUCGGCAGCAAGAAAUCAUCCAGAUACUGCAUCGAUUCCGCGUCAACAUGAUGGGCGAUGAGGCAACCUGGCAGGAUGGUCCGGUAACCAUGAUGUAUCAUCUCGUCUAUAUGCACUUGCACAUUCCUUUUGAGGAAGUUGAGCUGUUUGCGGGCAAGGGACACCAGAGUGAUGCCCGGCACGCUCUGUCUGUACUUCUAGACUGGACCAACAGCCCAGAGUCACGGAAAGCAAUAUGGUACGCCGGCCAGAUCAUAAGAGCAGCAGAGAUGUUCGACCCUGGCCGGCUCCGGGGCUUUUACACUAUUGCUUUAUAUCAAGCGAACCUUGCCCUCUGGGCCUAUGCGGUGGUGUCACAAGUCAAGGGAGCAAAUAAGAAUGAUCCGAUUCUUAACCACGAGGAGAUGGUCUGUUUGAACGGGCCGGAAUCUCCACUCGUUCAGAGGUUUAUUAGCCGAGGGGUGCCUUCGGUUGCAAUCAUUCAACCAUGUGCACCUCAGCACGGUAGUUCCCCCAUCCGAUUGAUGGACCGGGAGGCGGUCGUGAACUAUGUUGUUGGUAUUCUGAGUGCCAAUUUCUCGCACGUCGACGCUGUGCCGCCUUUGGUCGAGAACCUUGAACAGCUUCUAGACAAGCUGGGCCGAGCCGAAAUCGACGUAUAG